ACAAACAAAACAAGAGUCUUUAUGUCCAAAACACAAACUACUACUCUAUGUUUUUGGACUGUUUGUAUUGGCCAAAUCUCUCUGUUCUCUCUCUUCUUUUUCUUCUGUGUGUCUCUCUCUCUAUCUGUUAAACGAUGAAGUUCUUCAUCUUCUCCAGUUGGAGUUCAUGGGCAGUUCUGUUAAUGGCGGUAACGGCCAUGGCAGCCUCCUCGGACUCAGAAUCUAGAAAGCUCGAUCAGACGCCGACUUGGGCCGUCGCCGGAGUUUGCACUUUCAUCAUCAUCAUCUCCAUAGUCCUGGAAAAAGUCCUCCACAAGCUCGGAACGUGGUUCACAGAAAGGCACAAGAUCUCUCUUUUUGAGGCCCUUGAGAAGGUCAAAGCUGAGCUGAUGAUUCUGGGUUUCAUUUCACUGCUGUUGACUUUCAGUCAAAGUUACAUUGCCAAAAUCUGUAUUCCUAAACACAUAGCAGAGACCAUGUUGCCAUGCUCACUUAAAAAAGAGGCGAAAAAAUCCACCGAAGAAGAACAUCGGCGGAGACUUUUAUGGUUCGAGCACAGAUUUUUAGCCGGUUCUGGCUAUUCUGCAACGUGCAAAGAAGGAAAAGAAUCACUUAUUUCUGUCGAGGGAUUGCACGAACUACACAUCCUUAUAUUCUUCUUAGCAUUUUUCCACGUGCUAUUCAGCGGUAUCACAAUGAUGCUUGGAAGGCUAAAGAUUCGUGGCUGGAAGAAAUGGGAGCAGGAAACGUCAACCCACAACUAUGAAUUUUCAAAUGAUCCCUCAAGAUUCCGACUUACUCAUGAAACAUCAUUUGUCAGAGCGCAUACCAGUUUCUGGACGCCGAUUCCAUUCUUCUUCUAUGUUGGAUGCUUCUUUCGACAGUUUUUUAGGUCUGUUAGCAAGGCCGACUACAUGACAUUGCGCAAUGGAUUCAUCACGGUCCACUUAGCUCCUGGAAGUAAAUUUAACUUUCAAAAGUACAUCAAGAGAUCGUUGGAGGACGACUUUAAGAUAGUUGUUGGAGUAAGUCCUGUCUUGUGGGCAUCAUUUGUUGUCUUCUUGUUACUGAAUGUUCAAGGAUGGCAAGCAUUAUUUUGGGCAUCAUUGAUCCCUCUUAUUAUAAUCUUAGCAGUAGGAACAGAACUUCAGUCCAUCUUGACAAAGAUGGCUCUCGAAAUCACCGAAAGGCACGCAGUGGUCCAGGGGAUUCCUCUUGUGCAGGGAUCAGAUCAAUACUUUUGGUUUGGUCGGCCCCAUUUGGUUCUUCAUCUUAUCCAUUUUGCUUUGUUUCAGAAUGCUUUUCAGAUAACAUAUUUCUUAUGGAUAUGGUAUUCUUUUGGACUGCAGUCAUGUUUUCAUGCCAAUUUCACGCUUGCCAUUAUGAAACUAGUUUUGGGGGUUGGUGUUCUAUGCUUGUGCAGCUACAUCACACUUCCCCUCUAUGCUCUUGUAACUCAGAUGGGUUCGCGGAUGAAGAAAUCCAUCUUUGAUGAGCAAACAUCCAAGGCCCUUAAGAAGUGGCACAUGGCUGUGAAAAAGAAGCAUGGAGGGAAAGGAAGCAAGUCCUCCACAGUUACUCUUGGUGGAAGCUCAACUAUAUCCAAGGUGCACUCCUCAGGACACACUCUUCACCGUUUCAAAACCACCGGCCACUCAACCCGCUCAUCAAUCUAUGACGAUACUGAGACAUCUGAUAUGGAAACUGAGCUCUUGUCCCCAACAUCGACGGCAGACUUGGUCGUGAGAGUGGAUAAUGAUGAGGAAGCAACCGAAAUAAAUGGAUCCCAACGCAGAGAAGAAGAGACCAGAAGUGAAGAUGAUUUCUCAUUUGUAAAGCCAGCCCCGCAAAGACAACCAUGAAAGGUUUGCCGUUGGCGGCAAUUGCAUCACAUUUUGUAUUGAAUUUUUCAUGAAAGUAAAAAUACAUGUUAGAGAAAUAUAUUGAAAUUGUAUCAGUUACUAAUGGAAGCUUUUUUUGUACAUUAAAAUUUUAAUAAAAAUUUUGCUUUUGUUAGCAGCAUGUACUGUAAAUUGUGAUAAAACUUUUUCCCUUGUGUGUCCUCCGAGCCUUUGAUAGGUCAGCAUUUCAUUUG